AGGCUCGAGACUAGCAGAUGUUGUUUACAAACAUUUGAAGUAAGCGAGACCACCGCGGUGUCUACUCAUUACGGCAACUAGCAGCCAUCCGCCUCACCUGUCGCCUGUCUUUCCGGAGAUCGGCCUGCAGUCACGACAGUGAUAAUCUUGCAGGACUUCACCAAGGCUUAUAAGGAUCAUUGGAUCAUCUCGGUCAUAACAACAAAUUCUUACCUUGUGAUUGCUUACCUUCUCUCUGACAACAGGUAACACAUUCGCCCACGUGAAGCAGCUGGAGCAUAGUGAUGGUAGCAUGAAUGUUGAAAAGAAGCAGCGGCGCACCAAAAGGAUUGUUGAGCACGCUAAUCCUCUCUUUGAUUGCUGGCUAUUAGAAUGGCAGCAGGAGGCAGAAAAAAGGGGCUCCAAUAUGAAGUACAACUUUCAGAAGGCUCGCAAGUCAUUGUCAUUGUACCCCCUACCACUGUACACUGGACAAGACUGCAAGCUGCUCGCUCAUUUUGGCAAUAAGAUCUGUCAGAUGCUGGACAGGCGCUUGGCACAGCAUGAGGAGGAGUUCGGUGCAACAGACUGGGCUCAGGUCCAUAAGAUUAAGGAAACACCAAGAAAGAGGCAUAGGAAAAAAGCAAAUAGCCCAACAAUUGGUGCCAUUCCCACAUCACAGUCAUUAGUAAAGCCUGGCAAUGAGGAAACCCAGAGAAAGAAGAGGGGCAGAACUAAGAACUGUUACAUUCCUGUGGUAAGAUCUGCUGCCUAUGCUAUGUUGAUGACUCUCCACCAUGCCUGUUUUCUUCCACACUACCAAGGGUUCAUGAAGAAAGAGGAGUUAGUGACAGCUGCUCAACCAUUAUGUGAUGUAUCUCUGUCAAAGCCAGAUCAUAAGGGUUCUUACUACACUGGCUGGUCAUCCAUGAAAACACUGGUCAAGAAGGGCCUUAUUCUUCGCCAGAGUCAUCCUCCCAGGUUUAGCAUAACCGAGGAAGGGAAAUCUCUGGCACUCAAGUUAGAAAGAGCAGAGAAAAGUAUUGAUCCAAUGGAGUGUGUUGAUCCACCAGCAGCUGCCUCAAUGGGCAUAAAGGAAACUGAGGAAAGGUCCUCCAUCCACUCCAUCCCCAUCCACACUCUUUCCUCCUCCAGUGAUGAUGAUGAUAGUGAUGGUGGAAUGGAAGAGGCAAACAGCUCUCUUUCCUGCAGCAUGCCGUCAUUAACUCAGUCACCUCAGUCAAACUCUAAACAGAAAGGAGUGGAGGACAAGGAUGCCUGUGGCCCCAGAGGACAUUCAGUAAUUAAGUCACUUUCAAGUCCUUCAGAUGGGACAAGGUUCAGCUAUGUGACAAUCCUGGGCACAGAGACUCCUGUCAAGGACCGUGCAGCAGUCACUGUGGAGGAAGAUGGCUUUCUAGGGUUCCUAAUUAAGUGCAUUGCCUCAGAUCUGCAAGAGUCUGAUCUUCACUACCGAAUGGACCACACCAGAACUGCUCCUGCAGGGUUUAUUUAUGCCUACCUGUCUAAUGAGUGUGCCCCAGACCAGUGUAUGGGACUGAACAAGGUUGCUGCCCAGCCCCAUGUAUCCCCAUCAGCAACUACCUACAGGCAAGCCAUAACUAAACCUCAGAAAUAUGGUCUUUCUCAGCACCCAUCAGGUUCAGAAGCUACAGCUGCCACAUCACUUAAGGCAAGAACAGCUCAACCCCACACAGAGAACAAGGAAAAAGCACUACCCUGCAUUUCUUGUGUUCCUGUUUCUUCUGUUGUUGCCACUCCUACAUCACUUAACAUGCCAUUCACCCUUCUACCUGGAAAAUUUGAAGUCAUCCUCUGUAUUGAUAAUGCUGAAACCAGUGGAAAAUCAUCAGGAGUCCAGCCCAGUAACAAGGACAUCAUUCUCUCUGAGCUCAAAAGGAAUGGUGUGAAGUACAGUAUUCGGAAGCUUCACGUAGGGGACUACCUUUGGGUUUGCCAGGAGAAUCAGGCAUCACUUGUCACAGACCUGGGAGUCUCCACAAAGCAGGAAGCAAGAGAGCUGGUGCUGCCAGUGGUAGUGGAACGAAAAAGGAUGGAUGAUCUUGCUGCCAGCAUCAAGGACGGACGUUUCAGGGAGCAGAAGUUCCGUCUCAGGCAAUGUGGUCUGAGCCAUCCUAUUUACCUGGUGGAGGAGCAUCAUGGCUCUGUUGCUGCUGGUCUCAGCUUACCAGAGAUGACCUGCCUGCAGGCUGUGGUCAACACCCAGGUCAUCAAUGAGUUCACUGUAAAAGUGGUAAAAGGCCAGAGAGAAUCAGCUGCUUACCUUACUAUCAUGACUCGUUAUCUCCAGAGCAAGUACCAGAACCAGUCUGUCAGGUCAGCUCAGCUUCAAGAUAUUAAUGGAAGUCAGAAUGACAUCUCUUCUAAAAUUGAGACUUGCCUGUUGCCAUUUACUGAAUUUAAUACAGCUUCAAUGAAAAAUCAACAACUGACUGUAAGGGAGAUGUUUGCCAAGCACCUUCUUCAGCUCCAUGGUAUUAGUGCUGACAAGGCUCGAGCAGUAGUUGACAAGUAUGAGACCCCAAACCAAUUGCUGACUGCAUAUGAGGAAGAAGGUAGCACUGGAGCCAAGAAGCUGCUGGCUGGCUUAAAGUGGGGCAAGACCAACAGAUGUCUUGGUCCAGUGCUCAGUGCCAACAUUGCCAGCCUGUACACAUCAAAUGUCCUGCACUAGUUGUGUUGGUGGUGCCAAGUUUAUACAAACAUAAGUAUACCCAAAAAGGGGGGUAACCAAGAUAAGGCACACAACUUUCACAUUCAAACUAUUCUCUUAGCCUCCUGGACAGUUUGUAGCUCUAAGUUUAUAGUAAAAUAUAAUUUAUUUUGUAUGCAUUUUCAUCCGGUUUAAUAAUGUAAUGUUGAAGAUUUCUAAUAAAAGUAUAUAGCUAA